CUCUCAAGCCACUGGGAAAGACAUAAACAUGAACUGGAACCCAACAAUGGAUCGCUCCAACCAAGGAGCCAGGUUGCCUGCGUGCAGCCAGAGAAUAUUUGUGAAGACAACACCACCCGUGCCAUCAUUUGUCAGUGACUCUACAGAUAUUGAACAUCAUGAUGUACCACCAGCAGCUGCCGCUCUGAGUGGCUCGGCUGCACUCUCACAUGCUGCUCAAGAAGCAAGCGACAAAUCUAAGAGACCAAUCAACAGCGCUCAAGCCGCAUACUAUCACAAUGUUUUAAACCUUCCCAAGGCAGCUGGUGGUUCUGGAGGAUAUAACAGUGCUGCUCCCGGUGUGCCCUUCACCCAGCUGCUCUGGGACAGUUUUGAGUCCGAUUUUCAACGCAUUGACUUGGACAGGCGCUGUCUAGAGAAAUGCCCUCAGCUGGGCGUCAUGGAAAAACUGCAGCUUCUCAACCUCCAGCACAACCUGAUCACAAGAAUCCAGCAUUUGUCUCAUCUGCAGCAUCUUGUUUUCCUGAACUUGUACGACAAUCACAUCUCUGAAAUGACUGGACUCGAAGCUCUAAGUUCUCUCAGGAUCCUAAUGCUCGGGAAGAACAGAAUCCAGAAGAUCAGUGGCCUGGGAAGCCUGUCCAAACUGAAUAUCCUCGAUUUGCAUGAGAAUCAGAUCUGCAGGAUCGAGAACAUUUCUCACCUGAGUGAGCUGCAGGUGUUGAACCUGGCAGGAAACAACAUCUCCAGAGUGGAAAAUCUGCAGAAGCUCGACUGUUUGAGUGAACUCAACCUGGGGCACAACUGCAUCUCUUUUGUGACAGAGGUGGACCGCCUGCCCUGCUUGCAGCGCCUCUUUCUCAGCUGCAACAACAUCACCAGUUUUGAUCAGCUAGCCUGCGUCGGAGAGUUGCGCUCCCUUUCUGAGCUCACCCUGGAUGGGAAUCCUGUAGCCCUGAAGACAUGGUACAAGCAGGCCGUCCUGCGCUGUGUGCUUCAUCUGAGACAGCUGGACAUGAAGCGUAUCACAGACGAGGAUCGGCGAAUGGCUAGUGUGCAUGCUCGGAAAGAGGAGGAGAAGAAGAGGGAGAAUCACAAGCAGACCAUUCAUAAGGAGAAGCGGCGUCUGGCGAUCCGUAAUGCAGCGCAGCAGUGGGAGGGUGUCAGGGCCUGCCUGGAGCUGCCACCAGCACAAGGAGCAAAAGAAGAAGUGAGUCCAGAGAACAGCCCCGCCCACAGCCCCGCCCAGACAAAUGGUCUUGCACAGGAGCCCUCUCCAGACGAGCCAAGACGAGUAAGUCCAGGGUCAGGAUCAGAGCGGCCGUUAGGGGGAACGGAGACCAGACUGCGCACCAACAGCCGUCCAAACAGCCCGCGAGAUCCCAAGCUUGUUGAAUCAGGGAGCAGCAGCGUUCAGAGCUUGUCCCUAUCUGACUGUCACCUAGUGGAGCUGGAUGGAGACACCCUGCGUUUGUUUGGACUUGGAGCCCUGGAGGCCCUGGAGAGGGGAUGGGGAGUUCAGACCGCCGGUGCUGUCACCGUAAUAACCUUCCGCUACAUCAGCCUUGACGCCAUCGUACCGACACUGCCACGUAUAAGGGUCAAGUUCCCCAAUCUAUCGCACCUGAUCUUCCUGGAAACCAACAUCAGCCGCCUGGCGCAGCUGGCAGCCCUGGCUCAGGUGAGGCGUCUGGAUCAGCUGACCAUUCACCCGGAGGGAAACCCCGUGGUCGGUCUGGCUCUGUGGCGUUCCUUCGUCAUCUACCGCCUCCACCACCUUAACCUGCUGAAGAUAAAUGGCCAGGAGGUGACCAUGAAUGAUGUGAUCGCUGCUGAGCGUGUGUUUGGAACCUUGGGUCACAUAGCAGCCACGGAAACGCCGCGUUAUCGGCUCCUGCUGCUACUGGAGGAGUCCAGGAAGCGUCAGCUGCAGUUCCUGUUGGAGGGGCGAGGGCGGCGGCCGGGGCUCAGUCCGGAGGAUCUGCGAGACAACGGGAAGCUCCUGGGAGAAGGCCUGAGCAGAGCGCUGUUCAACUACCCCAGCAGAGACUGCAGUGCAGAGAGCCCUGAGGAGAGCACAGCGGAGUCGUCGGAGCGCUCCACCAUGAUAGAGCAGUACCUCCAGGAGUUGGUCCAAAGGGCAUCAGACACAAACCUGAAGGGCGAAGCUCUUCAUAAGCUCUGGCCCUCCAUGUUUGCAGAGAUGGUGAGAGACUCUGUGUUGGAGAUGAGGGACCGAGCGGCCUUCCGCCAAGCCAGCCUUGCAAAACUCUCUGACACCAAGUGAAGAGGACCAAAGUUUCACUCUGAGAUCACUCAGACACACAGACAUGAACACGUGGACAUAGCUGUACCCGGGGCCUCCAGCCCUCACUCUUAAUACGCCAUCUCUAACACAUCAUCACUUAGCGACUUUAUCAGUUAUUAAAAUCUUUGAAAGCUUAGGGUGCCCGGUGUGUGGGAAACUCUUCCUUAAGACUUCGAUUGUUUUAAACAUGUCUAAAGAAGUGGCGAUGACAAAGGCGUCUUGAUUUGAAUGUAGAUUUUCACUAAAAACACGGUCUGAUUCUUCUGUGCUUAGUGCAGCGACAUACUUGAAGAAAGUGAAUAAAGGACUCACUGUGCAUUGUGGUCCUCCCGGAGCAUCUUCUGCACUUUAAAAGCCUUCUGAAUGACCCCUCCUCACCAUGACUGUCAUCUGCUGAAAAUGACCAGUGUCUCUUUUGUCGAGACUAGAAUGAUUUUCCUGUCUCAAAUCUUGUGUUAUGAAUCAAUCUCUCACUUUCUCCUGCUUGAUGUAAAAAGAAACGCACAAACGAGGACAAGGAGUUUUCUUGUUUACCACUUAUUUUCUGUAUUGUACUUAGAAUUA